UUGCUCAUCCAGGAGAAGAAGCAACUGUUGACACUCAGCACAGAGCUGUGGGCCCCAGUAGAGGGGCUGCUAAUCUGCUGGUCAGUACAGGAGGGGAUAUUAGCUCAUCUGAUAGCUCAGAUUAAGCUCAGGGGGCUUUAGGAGCAAACAACCUGCUUUUCAUUGUGUGAUCAGGACGAGUGAGGACCACCAACGCCAUGAGAGCUGUCCAGUACUGUCCACUGCUCCUGCUUUCUCUGGUCCUGCUAGCAACCAACAGUGAGGCUCUGCGAUGUUUCACCUGUAUGGGCUCCAAUAAUGAGGACUGCAACCGGCAAGGCUCCAAAUCUUGUCCCAGCUACUCUGAUGCCUGCGCUGUGGUGGUGGGCCAUGACAGUGAGUCCAACCGUGACAGUGGAGUGAUGAAGUCGUGCUCCUACAAGUCUUUCUGUAGUCAGGCCAACAGCCAGGGCUAUAGAGCACCAGGUGUCAAAGUUCACUGCUGCUACAGUGAUGACUGCAAUGUGACGAGCUUCGCCUCCGGGCUGCCAGGACUCAACUAUCUGCUGCUGUUUCUGCCGCUGUUGUUCCACUGCUUUUUCAAGUAGACAUUUGACUCGACUUCACCAUGCCAACAAGUAUCCAUCUGCAACACAAACGCCAACUACUGUUAUUUUCAUUUACUCUAAAAAUGCCAAAUAGCCCUGCCUAAUUUUACACUACACACUGUACUACUAUUCAACUCUUUUUACCUUAGUCAUCUAAACUGAAGCAUAGACACCAAGGAGUGACAGCACAUAGAAGAGGUGCUAGGUGUGACUGCAUGGAUUAUACACAUCAUGUUGGAUUGACUCCAUUAAGCAGUAGUCAAGUAGAUGCGUCUUUUAAGGGAUUUCACUAAGCCAAUAACUAGAGGAUCCUAAGGGAAGUGCUGGAUAACAGGCAGAGAUAAUUUAUUAUGUGCUUCCUACAUUACAGAGAGGGACAUGUUGUUCAUCAGUUUUACCACCCGCUCUGAUGCUGAGAACACAGUGUUUGAAACUGCAGGGUAACAGGAACAAGACUAUCUCUUUGAAUUCUUACUAAUCACCUCUGAAGUUACAUUGCAGCAGAUGUUCCGUGAGGCUAUAUAUGGCACUAAGAGAUCAAUCAGCUGGUGUGUCCUCACUUCUACCUGUCAAUCACACACCUGACGAGCUGUGUGAGAUAUUUCGGAAAGUGCGAAAACACUUCUCACACACUGCAAAUCCACAUAAGCCUUUUACAUGGCCUAGGCCAGGUGCAUUACACCGAUGAGGUUAAUCCACUGUGUUUGAAGUCACUUAAGGAAUUACUUGGUUUAUAAAAAGAGCAUGAGCACACCUUGCUGUGGGAUGGCCUAUAAGUAGAGGCUGCUGUAUAUAUUGUAUAGAAAUGAUAAUAAUACAAAUAAUCAUGUUCAUUGUGUAAUUUUCCUUUGCAGAGCUCAUGUUAGGAAACGUUUUUCUGUUCUGGUGUGAAUGUACAUUAAAUACAUAACCUGCAGCUGCUGGUGUCCUUAUACAUUUUUAGUACCAACUUUAAAAAUGCAUAAGGGAGGACUUACAGUAAUUAUAAUAAGACUUGGCAAGCUGCACACUCAAAUCUUUUGUGGAUUAUUUAACAAAGUUUCUAUAAAUUUCUCAUAUGAAAAUAAAAUUUUAAUGUCAUUGAAUCUAAA